AUGGAGUUUUCCCUGCCAUCAGUGCUGAGGGCUUUGCAGGGUGUCGCGAAUGCGACGAAAUCCACGGAGGAGGACUUGGGCAAAAUCAACUCCUACUUCGCAGCAUCAAUAUCAGAGAACAACGAUACAUCCCCGCCAUCUACCAUAAAUACAGAAGGAAAGACAUUCGAGCAAUGGAUCUCAUUCAUCAAAAGAACAAUGUCAGAGCUAGACGAGACCUCCCUUCACAUCGCCUACCUAUCCGUCGCCAUCGCUUCUGUCCGAGAAAGAUGCCGCCAAAAUCUACUAGCAACAACGGAAGAUCUCGACCAAAUCUGGGACAUAAUAUACGCAGCGCUCACAAGCAAAAGUCUUGCCAAAAACUUCUUCACAGCGAACCGCAGCGCGCAAGGCCUCCUCGCAGUUCCUCUCUGCAGCCUUCUCAAAGGCGGCAGCAUCGAUGAGCUCUUCCGUCUGCACGUCUGGAUGCCGGACGGCAAGCGCGCGAACCCGGAUUUCAUGCUGCAUUCACACCAACCUUUUGCUCAGAGCUGGAUUCUCGCGGGUGAGGGUCGCGAUCACGCAUACCAAGUUGACGCCGUCGAUGAUGUCGACGAUGCGACGAAUGCGGGUUACGCCAUUGCGUGGAAUGACGGAAAGGGGCAGAAUGCGACGUACAAGACCCAUCAAGCCUAUUCCAUUGUGCAGAAUACAGGGAACCUAUUCAAGGCCGUCGAGACCUCCACCGAAAGACAUGUGCGGAACGAUACGUACUCUAUUCCUGCAGCUGCGUUUCAUACCACAGAGGUAGCGCCUGACCAACUACAUGCAACAUUGUUCUUCUUCGAUUCUCAUAGGGGAUUCGUGAGGGAUGCUGGGGUGUUGGGACCAAAGGACGGGGAGUCGUAUAGGCAAUUUCGUGAUCCCGCUGGGAUCACACCUGCUGAGUUGGCUACAGCUGUGGAGGAACUGCGACGCCAACAGAUAGUCUCCUAA